AUGUACAAACCUCCUUGUGCACAUGCCUGCCGCGCAUCAAUCACAAACCCUUUGAAUUGCUCUACGAGCUCAGAUGAGCGCAUGGGUAUUACAUGGAAGGUCGAGAAGUCCCCGGAGCCAGAAUGCUAUGCGACGAACGAUGCUUUCUUGCAGACCCUCGCGUACUGCAUGUACUCCCAUUGCCAGAUGGUGCCUAACUCUACACUGCAAAGAUACUGGGAGAUGAAUGUGGCUGGUAGUGAAAAAGACCAGCCACUGCCCAAAGAGGCUUAUCAACAGGCACUGCAAAGUAUCGGUUUCAAACCUACCAUCACGACAAACGUAUCCACGGUAUUGAGGUCAGCCUCACUCGUGUCAGAAGAGCUUUACGAUCUUAAUUGGCGCACACUUACGGUCUUCGAGAAAGCAGAAGCAACACAUGAGAGAUAUGGAUUGGUCCUUCUUUUAACUGGCGCAAUUAUCCCAAUUGGGCUCUCAUUUGCUCGCUUCAUUCCCGUUCCCACUAGAUUGCAGACGAGUUUCGAGGCAUACGUGGUUACCCCUCCGCUCAUUGGCCACCGACACAAAGUCCCCUUAUUCAACACGUUCAAUAUGCCAACUAGAGGACAAGCGCUGUUUAUCGCCUAUCUCAUAAUUAUCAACGUGGUUCUAUGCGCGUCAGGCUUCAACUCAGCUGACCCCAGUGCGUGGUACACUUCCAACCGUGUUGAGAUCCUCACAUACGUUAGUAACCGCGCUGGGAUUCUGAGCUUUGCAAACAUUCCACUGCUGGUUCUCUAUUCUAGUCGUAACAAUAUCCUACUCUGGCUAACCAACUGGUCUCACUCAACCUUCUUGCUACUACACCGCUGGAUUGCUGUGAUUUGCGUUAUCGAAGCCUGCCUCCACUCCGCCAUAUACUUGCAAAUAUACAGUGCACAAGGUGAACACUCUAGCGAAAGCAAGCUCGCAUAUUGGUACUGGGGUAUUAUCGCAACGCUAGCGAUGGUCAUCAUCAUUCCAGGGUCAAUGUUGCAAGUACGCCAGCGAUUCUAUGAGUUCUUUCUUGCCUGGCACGUGAUAUUCUUCCUGUUAGCGAUGGUCGGAUGUUGUCUACACAUCUACUAUCGGUACAACUUUCAAUGGGGGUAUGAGAACUGGAUAUACAUCGCAUUGGCAGUCUGGGGAUUUGAGCGAGGAAUGCGCAUUCUGCGGUUUGCUAGACAUGGGAUCCGCACUGCACACGUUGCCAUCGUGGAUGAUGAAUACAUUAAGUUGGAGAUUCCAGGAAUCGCGGCUGAGGGUGAUGUGUAUCUGUACUUCCCGACCUUGACGUGGCGAGUCUGGGAGAAUCAUCCUUUCUCGGUAAUGACGGAUAUCUCUUGCGACGGCGAUACGGGGUCGUCCAGUACGAUAAUCGCAACCGAUAAGGGCAGACUACCUGUAUCUUGGACUGAGAAGGGAGAGAAUAUGGACAAGAUGUCUCUUACCGAGAUAUCUAAUACACCAUGCCAACGAGGGUUGGUGUUUUAUAUUCGAACUCAAUCGGGCAUCACCAAAUAUCUCCGCGGCACCAAAUCGAAGUUUCCAGUUCUUGUUGAGUCCUCGUACCAUCCAGUGGCCCUUUCAAGGUCGAAUGCCUCGGAUAUGACCAAUAUUAUUGCGAUCGCGGGUGGUGUUGGGGUAACAGCGUUAGCGCCCAUAUUGAUGCGCCACGAGGGGUGGCAUAGGUUGUUCUGGGCAGUACGCAGUAAGCCCUUGGUUGAUUCUGUGGUAGUGUCGCUUGGUGCAGAGCGAUUCGAUCGACUAAACGCCGUGACAUUCCAGAACAGUCGUAUGGAUAUUUCUCGCAUUCUCCGGGAGGAAGUCUCUAAGUGUGCGGGAACAGAGGUCGCCGUGAUUGUCAGUGGUCCCUCAAGGAUGGCGGACGAGGUACGACUCGUUGUAGCGAGGCUGAUGAGAGAGAAUCCAGCAGUAAAAUUGACACUAUUAGAGGAGUCUUUUAGUUGGUAG